AUGAAGAAAAUUAGUCUCAAAACAAUUCGCAAGUCCUUUAACUUAAAUAAAAGUAAAGAUGAAAGUGACUUUGUAGUGGUUCAGCAGCCAUCGUUAAGUGAAUUUGGAAAAGAUGACUCCUUGUUUGGCAGCUGCUAUGGUAAAGAUUUGGCUAGCUGUGAAGUCAAUAGUGAAGAUGAAAAAGGAGGCAAAAAUAGAUCAAAAAGUGAAAGCUUAAUGGGUACGUUAAAAAGGAGGCUUUCAGCAAAACAAAAGCAGAAAGGCAAAGGCAGCACACCAUCUGUAAGCUCUGCAGAUGAUGACACCUUUUCUUCCUCAUCUGCUCCAAUAACCUUCAAAGAUGUGCGAGCUCAAAGACCUCUGAGAUCCACUUCCCUCCGUAAUCACCAUUACAGUCCAACUCCGUGGCCCCUUCGACCUACAAAUUCAGAAGAGACUUGCAUCAAAAUGGAAGUCAAAGUCAAGGCUUUGGUCCAUUCUUCUAAUCCAAGCCCAGCACUGAAUGGCGUUCGAAAGGACUUCCAUGACUUGCAGUCAGAUAACGUGUUCCAGGAACAAAACAAUGCAUUAAAAAAUACAGAAUCUCAGAAUGGGGACUUGCAUCUUCAUAUUGAUGAACAUGUGCCUGUAGUUAUUGGAUUAAUGCCUCAGGACUACAUUCAGUAUACUGUGCCUUUAGAUGAGGGAAUGUAUCCUUUGGAAGGAUCACGUAGUUACUGUCUGGAUAGUUCCUCACCCAUGGAAGUUUCAACUGUUUCUUCUCAAGUGGGGGGAAAUUCUUUCCAUGAAGAAGAGAGUCAAGUGGAUCAGGAUGUAGUCGUUGCACCAGACAUCUUCGUGGACCAGGCGGUGAAUGGUUUGUUGAUUGGUACCACAGGAGUCAUGUUGCAAAGCCCAAGAGUUAAUCACAGCGAUGUCCCUCCACUCUCACCUUUGCUACCUCCAAUGCAGAAUAAUCAAAUCCAAAGGAACUUUAAUGGAUUGAAUGGCACAGAUGCCCAUGUGGCUGAAAGUAUGCGCUGCCAUUUGAAUUUUGAUCCUAACACUGCCCCUGGAGUUGGAAGAGUUUAUGAUUCUGUACAGAACAGUGGCCCUAUGGUUGUGACAAGUCUAACGGAAGAACUGAAAAAACUUGCAAAACAAGGGUGGUACUGGGGCCCCAUUACGCGUUGGGAGGCAGAGGGAAAAUUAGCUAAUGUGCCUGAUGGCUCGUUUCUUGUUCGAGAUAGUUCUGAUGAUCGUUACCUUUUAAGUUUGAGUUUUCGUUCACAUGGAAAAACGCUUCACACUAGAAUUGAACAUUCAAAUGGUAGGUUUAGCUUUUAUGAACAACCAGAUGUGGAGGGGCAUACAUCUAUAGUUGAUUUAAUUGAACACUCAAUCAGGGACUCUGAAAAUGGAGCUUUCUGCUAUUCGAGAUCCCGAUUGCCUGGAUCUGCAACUUAUCCAGUGAGACUAACAAAUCCAGUAUCUCGGUUUAUGCAGGUGCGUUCUUUACAAUACCUGUGUCGUUUUGUAAUACGUCAGUACACCAGAAUAGACCUGAUUCAGAAACUGCCUUUGCCAAACAAAAUGAAGGAUUAUUUACAGGAAAAGCACUACUGAAAGCUUAUGGAAAUCUUGCAUCUUGCACUUUGGGAACAACAACAACAAAAAGAGAUUGAAUUACAGUUUACAGACUUUCAUUAUUAUCAAAAUCUUUUGCUGCCAUAACAAUUUCAUUUUUGUGUGUUAAAGAAAAUUAAUGCAUUUGGAUUUAUGUUUGUUUUUGUUUUUUUUUGUGUAUUUUGGGGGGCUUUUUUUUUUUGAAAAGAAUGAUCUCAAGUUUAUUUUUAGAAGUGUGAAAUAGCUAUCUUUCAUCAAUGUGCAGAUUAAUCACAAUGUGAAUGAUCAAAUUCUCCUUAACUUCCCCCAAGUCCUUUGCUGCUAUCCACUGUGAUUUUUAUGCAUUGAAAGCACAUUUCAUGUGUAUUCAACCAUAAGUAAAAGUCAAAUGAAACUUGUUGAAUGGAUUUUUUUUUUCUUUAAAAUAGCCUGUUUGAAAAAGGUGAUCAUGGAUAAAAACAUAUUGGUAUUCUAAAGAAUUUACACCUAUGCUAAAAAUGAUUUCCUAGUAUCCUUAUUAUAAAUUUCUAUAGAGAUAUGCCCUAAUGUGGAAUUUAAAGAGUUGUGGGAUAAGGACAUGGUUAUGCAGCAUGUCUUUCAAAAAAAAAAAAAACACAAAACCAACAAAAAUAACUACAACAACAACAAAAAAGUAAAACAAAAACACCUUUCUCUUAAGCCUUGUAUUGUCUGUACACUACUUUGUGUUUGAGAAGGUUGGUUCAGCUUUCUUACUGUCUCAGUAUUUUGUCCUUCUAAAAAUGGCCUUUAAAAGAGAAGUCUGUGAGAGUCAGUGCUUCGCACCUGUAAGAAAAUUGCAGUAUCAUUGCAAUUGCAGGAUCAUGUCAAAUAUUACCUUUUAAAAUGCCAUCAGUUAAAAAAAUGAACACCUGCCAGGUCCUCCCUUUGUCAUUUUCCCUCCUGCCUCCCCUUGAGAAGAAGAAGAAGAAGAAAAAGAAGGGAAAAUUAAAAAAAAUAAUAAUAAUAAAAGGGAGGGGGAACAAAAACAAAACAAAAAAGUUUGAAUUUGUAGGAAGACUCUAGGAAUUAUUAUUAUGGAAAUACAAAUUACUAAGCUAUUUCAGGGAUUGGGUAAAACAUCUAAUAGGAGGAUUUCUACAAUUUAUUCAAAAUACUUGGGAUUUCAGUAUUUUCCAUUUUUCUGCAUUUUUUACUUCUGAAAUGCAGCAAUACACUAAUGUCCUUUGGAUCAUUUAUUCCUUUUUGGAUCUUCUUUGGGGAGAAAGGAAUAGGACUAAUGAUAUUUUGGAUGGAAGAUGCUUAAAAUGAAUCUCUAAUUCUAUUCUCAUAGCCUCUGAAAUUAUGGGGAAGAGAGGUUUGGAUUGACUGUAGAAAGUGUUUCAGUUAACUGUUGUGAAACAUGUUUUGACAUAUGAAAUAUUGAAACAAUUAAGUAAAUGUUUAUGAUAUCUGUCAAAGAUUCUGGCAUUUGAAAAGCUUACAAUUAUUCUGACCUUUAGGAAAAAAAAAAAAGCCUUUUAGUUGGGAGUACAGGUAAUAUUUUCUUCAUGCAAGGUUAAUCCAUGUCAUUUUUCUGUGUUUUUUUUUUUUUUUCUUCUCCAUUAUUCUGUCCCUUUUAUGAUUUACUUGUGAAAGGGGUCAUUGCUAACUUGCUAACUGACAUGGGAGGGAGGCUUACUCUGCCUCCCUCUGCCCCUGGAUUUGUAUUUUAGAAUGUUAUCUUCCCAAUCUGUGGUAGGAGCUGCUAGUCAGUAAACAUCAGUAUAGAAAGGGCUGUUGAUACAGCUUUCUUAUUUAGGUCAUUUGCUUCUCUUUGUUUUUUAUUUUCUAGCCUUUUGUCCCCUGAAGUGAGUGUUAGUAACAAAUACAGUAUUGCUGCAAGGUGGUGCAAUAGCACUACAUUUUGGGUUGCCUGAAUUGAUAGACAAAAUGUAUAUUUUUUUAAUUUAUUUUUUGACCAUAAUGUUUAGCAAAAAAAAAAAAAAUCAAAGGUAGAUAAAGGCUGCCUUUGCUUUUAAGGGAGGGAGAAUAAGGAUUUCUUCUUUAGUCUGAUAAAGUUUUAAAC